UCAAAGGGCACGAUAACAUGGGCUCCCAAUGUAACACAACGCCUGUCACUUUUGCAUUGUUUUAGGCGGAUCUAAUCUUCAUUGUAAAUAAUACAUCAGAUUUAAACCACUAUGAAAAUGCUCACCCUAAGCUUAGUGAUCCCGCCAUUGUUGUUUACCUGCUCUAUGGCUCGGGAUGUGUUCGACUUUACCGGAGAGGUGUUCUCAGACCUGUCGGUAGUGAUACCGAGACGGGGGAAGGAAUGUUUUUACCAGCCUAUUGACGACAAUGUAGAGUCCGUGUAUGUCCAGUAUACCGCCUUGAGGGAAGACAUCUUUGACGAACUACAAUUCAUCGUCAAAGACCCGACUGGGAAACUUGUAAAACAGUCGUCCGGCGAGGAGAACAACUUCGAUUUGGACUUUACCAAUGCUAGUGAGCACCACCAAAGAGGUACAUAUUCCAUCUGCUUCUUGAACAAUCACCUCUUCAGAGACGUCAUUGUCUACUUGGAGCUGGAGAUUUGGAAUGAGGAUUCCUUUCUUCAAGAUGUUGCUGAGGAUGCCGAGGAAGCUUUAGAUUCCGUUGGGGAGUCUUUGAAGAAAGUGGCUGAAAACGUGAAAACCAUGGGCUUACAUAGCAACAAACUGUCCCAACGAUACCGCCGAGACUCAUUCGAGUUGAAUUACAGCAAUGCUUACGUCAAUAACUUCGGAAUAGUAACUUGUUUAAUUAUUAUAUGCGCGGGACUGUUUCAAGUGUACUUCAUAAAGAAUCUGUUUAACACAUCACACGUUCAUGGCAUACAUAGUCCUACAUAAAAAUGUAUGAUUUAUGUGAUUUUUCUCCGUUACUUUAUCUGUAGGAGAAUUAAUUCUCUAUGGCCAAGAUGUCUAAAGAAAAAGAUAAGAUCUAGUGUGCUUACAAAAUGAUAAGUAGCAAAAUAUACAACAUUGCAAUCAUUUAUAUUAUUGCGAUGAUUAGAUUCUUAAAUAAAGAUAUUGAAAUGUGUCAUAUAACAAUAAAUUUAGCUGUUACCCACUCACAUGGUUCCGUCAAUACAAUGUACACAACAAUUGAUAUUUAUUUUAGAAAUCAAGCCCAUUGCGGCUUCAAAAAGUAGUUAAACCCUGUUCCACCAUAUCAAUAAUAAUAGAUUAGUGAUUAAUAUCAUUAAAUAGAUAUAUAUAAUCGACCCGUGGUUUAAUUUGAUACGCGUAUAUAUUUCCAGCAAAAUGUCUGUUUUGUAGCAGGAUAUUCAGUUGCAAUAUUAUUUCAAGCCUUUGAAUAAAGAAAAAGAACAUG